GCUCUAUCAGUUGCACAAUGCAAAUGAGGUGAGGCUGCAGUUUUUGUGCGUGCAUGAGCGAACCCACCUGUUCACCUCGGCCUGUUCACCUCGGGAAGGUGAGGGAGGGGAGGAAACAAGUCAAUUGCAAUAAAGCAGGGUGUGACUGCAAAGUAUUUCAAACAAACCAGUGUUCCCGUGGGCUUCCAGAGCAGCCGUGCUGUCAUGUUACACACUUUCCGCGGCCUGAGAGAUUAGACACUUACAGGAAGCAGAGAUCGCCGUCAUGAUUGGGACGAUUAGUGCGUGGUUGUGGUGGGACCGGCUGUGGCUGCCGGGAAACCUCACGUGGGCAGAUCUCGAAGAUGAGGAAGGGCUCGUCUACGCCAGAGCAUCCCACCUCUACGCCACUGUGCCAUUUGCUUUAGUCUUCCUUGUAGUCAGAUACCUGUUUGAAAGGUUGAUAGCGGCACCGCUUGCAGCUUCGAUUGGCAUUACAGAGAAUCCCAGAUACAAAGUGGAGCACAAUGCUGUUCUUGACCAUUAUUUCAGUACAAAGUCAAAACACCCCAGACAGGCAGAUAUUGACGGCCUGUGCAAAAAAUGCAGCUAUUCAAAUAGACAAGUGGAGCGCUGGUUCAGAAGGAGACGAAACCAGGACCGUCCUGGGGUUCUGAAAAAAUUCAGAGAGGCCAGUUGGCGAUUGGUGUUUUAUCUGGUGGCGUUCGUUGGUGGAAUCAUAGCCCUGUAUGAUAAACCCUGGUUUCAUAAUUUGCGGGAGAUGUGGAAUGGCUAUCCCAGACAGUCCAUGCUGGAGUCCCAGUACUGCUAUUAUAUUGUGGAGAUGAGCUUCUAUUUGUCACUAGUGCUCAGAAUAACCUUCGAUGUCAAACGAAAGGACUUUAAAGAGCAGAUCGUCCAUCAUUGGGCCACACUGACGCUCUUGGCUUUCUCAUGGUGUGGGAACUACAUCCGGGUCGGGACCCUGGUCAUGCUCAUUCACGAUUCCUCUGAUAUUCUUUUGGAGUCUGCCAAGAUCUUCAACUACGCCAAAUGGAAAAGAACGUGCAACGGCAUCUUCGUGGUAUUUGCUGCUGUCUUCAUAGGCACGCGACUCAUAAUCUUUCCAUUUUGGAUCAUUCACUGCACGUGGGUUUAUCCACCAGACUAUUACCCACCAUUCUUUGGAUAUUACUUUUUUAACUUAAUGCUCGUCAUCCUGUUGAUGCUGCACAUAUUCUGGGCGUAUCUGAUUCUGCGUAUGGUGAAGAUGUUCGUUUUCGGAAGUUUAACCAAAGACGAGAGAAGUGACAAUGAAGAAGACGAGGAAACCAGUGUGACUGAGGACAAUGACGGACAUGUGAAAGUGACCAAUGGCUGUGGAGCAGGAGGCGGGGCUAAUCAUCACUGACACCUCUUUUCUUAAACUGUGAAGGACUUUGAAUUGCCCUCAGGGAUGUGAGGAGCCAAAAACAUACAUUUGAUUUAUUGUCACACAGAGAAUAUGCCAGAAACUUGUCAAAACAAAUUGCAUCUUUUAAUAACACUGAAAAAAAAGCUCCCCCCCCGCCACACACACUUUGCUUCACUGGAGACGACUUGCUGUGUGUCUUGGCUGCUUCAAAACCUUUUCCCCCUUUCAACUAAAACUUUUUUUCAUUAUGGCACAAGAUCACAUGGGUAAUUAUGAAAGAACACGGCGCAAAGAAAAAUAAACUCCUUGUAAGUUUUAAUAGACUCCUCAAUGUUUUUGAAGCUCAAAGAUCACGUCACACUGGCUGCUCUCGUCGUCUGGCAUCGUUGAGUUUUACAUCAACCUCUGCUGUCCAACACAUCCUCUAGUGAGAACUAAUUUUAUGUUUCCUGCAAGUGAUUUUGAAGAAGAACAUCUACUUUCAUGUCACUUUAACCUCUUGACAAGGUGGACAGCAGACGUUGCUUUCUUUCAUUUUAACAUUGUGUCUACAUUGGAUGCAUCCAACAUUGUUUCUUGAAGAAGUUCACACUGCUGUAGCGAGCUUUUUUUUGUCACUGCAGGCCAUUUUCAGAAACUUUUGAUGGCUGGAGGUCUCUGUACUGCUGGUACUCUAGUAGGCAUUUCUAUGCUUCCUCGGUAUCUGCACUCACGAUGGCAGUCAAUGCAAUCUACUCAACUCAAAUCACCAGCUGUCAUUGAAAAUGAAGGACUUCCAGUCAGUCAAUAGUUAACUUCAAAAUUGUGUGCCACAAAACCAGAAGCGUUAUUAUUAAAAUAGCUAGUUUUAAAGGUGGUAAUGUGUUUUAACUUUUUAAUGUUAAUCUUACUUGCUCCUUCAGACCAGGGUUGGGCAGAUCUCAGAAUUGGCUCUCUUUCAUUUCAUGAGUGUGAAUUCUAUCUGUCUGUCUGUCUCAUAGACUGUAAAAAAAGAUGGACGAUA